UGAAUAGUGAAAAUGGCUCGUACCAAGCAGACUGCUCGUAAAUCGACUGGUGGCAAGGCGCCGCGCAAACAACUGGCUACCAAGGCCGCACGUAAAAGUGCUCCAGCAACCGGAGGCGUGAAGAAACCUCAUCGCUAUCGCCCCGGCACUGUUGCCCUCCGUGAAAUCCGUCGCUACCAGAAGAGUACCGAGCUGCUGAUCCGCAAACUGCCUUUCCAGCGUUUGGUUCGUGAAAUCGCUCAGGAUUUCAAAACUGACUUGCGUUUCCAGAGCUCGGCAGUAAUGGCACUCCAGGAAGCUAGCGAAGCCUAUCUGGUCGGUCUCUUCGAAGAUACCAACUUGUGCGCCAUCCAUGCCAAGCGUGUCACAAUCAUGCCCAAGGACAUCCAACUGGCCAGACGUAUCCGUGGCGAGCGUGCUUUUGCAACAUCCGCGUCUCCAGUGGCUGCUCCACCAGUACCAGCGGAGAAGAAGGUGGCCGCCAAAAAGGCAUCUGGAUCCGCUGCUGCUACUGCAAAGGCAAAGAAGCCCACAGCUCCACCAUCGCAUCCCCCAACUCAGCAAAUGGUUGACGCUUCGAUUAAGAGCUUGAAGGAACGUGGCGGCUCAUCGCUUUUGGCAAUCAAGAAAUAUAUUACUGCCGAAUACAAAUGCGAUGCCCAGAAACUGGCCCCAUUUAUCAAGAAGUACUUGAAGUCGGCCGUUGCCAAUGGAAAGCUGAUCCAAACAAAGGGAAAGGGUGCAUCUGGUUCGUUUAAGCUGUCGGCUUCCGCCAAAAAGGAGCCUAAGCCAAAGGUUGCAUCUGUCGAGAAGAAAGUUAAAAGUGGCAAAGUGAAGGGAAAGGCAAAGUCUCGGUCGAACCGUGCUGGUCUUCAGUUCCCUGUUGGUCGUAUUCAUCGUCUACUUCGCAAGGGCAACUAUGCCGAGCGUGUCGGUGCCGGCGCUCCCGUUUACCUGGCUGCCGUGAUGGAAUACUUGGCCGCUGAAGUUCUCGAGUUGGCUGGCAAUGCUGCCCGUGAUAACAAGAAGACGAGAAUUAUCCCUCGCCAUCUGCAGCUGGCCAUCCGCAACGAUGAGGAGUUGAACAAACUGCUCUCAGGCGUCACCAUUGCUCAGGGUGUGAAAAUGGCUCGUACCAAGCAGACUGCUCGUAAAUCGACUGGUGGCAAGGCGCCGCGCAAACAACUGGCUACCAAGGCCGCACGUAAAAGUGCUCCAGCAACCGGAGGCGUGAAGAAACCUCAUCGCUAUCGCCCCGGCACUGUUGCCCUCCGUGAAAUCCGUCGCUACCAGAAGAGUACCGAGCUGCUGAUCCGCAAACUGCCUUUCCAGCGUUUGGUUCGUGAAAUCGCUCAGGAUUUCAAAACUGACUUGCGUUUCCAGAGCUCGGCAGUAAUGGCACUCCAGGAAGCUAGCGAAGCCUAUCUGGUCGGUCUCUUCGAAGAUACCAACUUGUGCGCCAUCCAUGCCAAGCGUGUCACAAUCAUGCCCAAGGACAUCCAACUGGCCAGACGUAUCCGUGGCGAGCGUGCUUAAGUUGAUAUUUCUUCGUCAGGCGCAUAUAAAUUUCAUACAAAUCGGUCCUUUUCAGGA